AACAACCAAGUUAAAUGUUAAUCCGUCUCUUUACAAAAUGUUGUUUUAGGUACAGUAACGUAUUAGUUUUUAAAAUGGCAACUAAUGCAUGUUUGUAUGCGAGUCAAGUGUGACGUUAAGUCAAUUCCAUAGCAACUAAAAGCGUUCCCGUUGGCGCAACUAUGAAGCUGAGUUGCAAAGGAACCGUCUUGAAGCAGCUCCUUUGGAAGUUGCUGACAACCAUCCCCUCAAACCCAUAUUGGUGACAGACACCAAAGCCCGCCGUGGGACUCGCAAAGGCAGCACCUCUUCCUCAUCUUCGUCCUCAUCCUCUGUAGCCCCAGACCCUCUCAGCUCCAUGUUGGAUGGAACCGAUCCGCUGUCCAUGUUUGCGGCCGCCUCUGCCAGCGAGAUUCCAUCUACGACGCACAAUGCUGGGGAUUCAGGGAGGAAGAGGAGGGAAAAGGAGGAAGAGGCAGUGGGGCCAGAUUUUGAGCCCUGGUCGAUGAAAAGAGGAGAAAUCCUGGCAAGGUUCACCACAACUGAAAAACUCUCAAUUAACCUUUGCAUGGGCUCUGAAAGCGGAAAUUCUCAAAACGCUGGAUCAUCUGCUGUCUCCGAGAAGGUUCGCACUCGUCUGGAGGAACUGGACGAUCUAGAAGAGGGAUCACAGAGAGAGCUACUGAAUCUCUCCCAGCAGGAAUAUGCCAACCGGAUCGAGGAGUUGAAUCAGUCUCUGAAAGAGGCCUGGGGUUCUGACCAGAAGGUCAAAGCUUUGAAGAUUGUAAUCCAGUGCUCCAAGCUUCUGUCUGACACCUCCGUCAUCCAGUUUUACCCCAGCAAGUUUGUUCUCAUCACUGACAUACUCGACACUUUUGGCCAGCUUGUAUACGACAGAAUAUGGAGCAUGUGUUCAGAUCCAAGACCUUUACCAGACUCGUUCACAGUUGAUGAUGUCAACGACACAGCUAAGGAGACGUGCCUCAACUGGUUCUUCAAGAUCGCCUCCAUUCGAGAACUCUUGCCCAGACUAUACGUCGAAGCAUCCAUCCUUAAGUGCAACCGCUUUGUCAACAUAGUUGGCAUUCAGGAGACUCUCCCACGGCUGACUGCCAUGAUCAGAGGGAUCGGAGACCCACUGGUGGCGGCUUACACCCGAGCUUAUCUCUGCCGGGUUGGCAUGGAGGUCGCCCCCAGCUUGAAAGACAGCCUCAACCGCAACUUCUUUGACCUGCUGGGAACCUUUCGGCAGAUGAGUGGGGAGAGCGUUCGCAACCAGCUCCUCAUUCAAAGGGUGGAGAUGCCCGAAUAUUUGACGCUUUAUUCUCCUGCUAUCAACUGGAUCCUGCAGUGUAGUGCUGACAGAGCACCGGAGUCUGUCCUAACAGAGAUGAUGGAGAGAUGCAAAAAGCUUGGAAACAACGCCUUGCUGCUGAAUUCAAUAAUGCGAGCUUUCAGGCCAGAGUUUGUGGCCACCAGAGCCACCGACUUCAUCGGUAUGAUAAAAGACUGUGACGAGGCUGGGUUCCCCAAGCAUUUGUUGUUUGGAUCUCUGGGUCGCUGCCUUGCCGUGGCCGACCCUCCAGAAGCCGAGAGGCUGACCAUCCUCAAUGAAGCGUGGAAGGUUGUCACUAAAGUUCGCAGUCCUCGGGAUUACAUCAACUGUGCUGAGAUCUGGAUGGAGUUCACCUGCAGACAUUUCACGAAACGAGAGGUCAACACUGUUCUGGCAGACAUCAUCAAACACAUGACUCCUGACCGGGCCUUUGAGGAAGCCUAUCCUCAGCUGCAGUCUGUGAUCAGGAAAAUUCUGGCCCACUUCCAUGACUUCUCUGUCCUCUUCUCCAUGGAGCGUUUCCUCCCAUUCCUGGACAUGUUCCAGAAGGACAGCGUCAGGGUGGAUGUCUGCAGAUCCAUCAUGGAUGUCUUCAUCAAACACCAGCUGGAGCCAACCAGAGACCCGGUCAUCCUCAAUGCCAUGAUGCAUAUCUGCAAGACCAUGCAUGAUUCUGUCAAUGCUCUCACUCUCGAGGAUGAAAAAAGAUCCCUCUCUCUGCUGAUCGUUGGCUUUAUGCGCUUGGUUUCCUUUGGGCGUGACUUUGAGCACCAGUUGAGUUUCUGUGUGGAGGCCAGAGCAACAUUCUGUAACCUGGAACCAGUACUGGUGCAGCUCAUUCACACGGUGAACCAACUGGCCAUGGAGACCAGGAGAGUGAUGAGGGGCAGCCACUCCCGCAAGACGGCAGCAUUCGUUCGGGCGUGUGCAGCCUACAGCUUUAUUACCAUCCCGUCACUCAGCAGCAUCUUUAGUCGUCUCAAUCUUUAUCUGCUGUCUGGUCAGGUUGCGUUGGCCAACCAGUGUCUUUCCCAGGCGGAUGCCUUUUUAAAGGCAGCGGUCAGUGUUCUUCCAGAGGUUCCACGCUCCAUCAGCGUGGAGGGAAAGCUUCGCUCUGCUGAGAGUUUCAUGCUCGACUUCAUCAACAACUUCCUCUCAACUCUUCUAGUUGUCCCGGAUCACCCGGAGCAUGGUGUGCUUUACUUAGUCCGUGGCCUGCUCAACAUGGUGAAGGAUUGCACCUGGGAGGACAACAGCGACGCUAAAGUGCGGGUCUACAUCAGCGCCCUGCCGCUGCUGGCCGCCAUGAGCCAAGAAAGCUACCUCUACACCAUUCCAAAAAUGGAGUCCAAUGAAACCCUUUACGGAGGGGACCCCAAGUUCCUAUCAGAAAUCAACAAGCUGUGUGAGACAUUAAUUGGACAGAUCCUGGAACACCUGAAGACCCUCGGUCGAGAAGAGCAGCAGGGCAUGCGUCGCCAAUGUGCUCUGGCCUUCUCACUCUUCGGCGUCCUGCUCUCCCACGGUGACCUGAGGAACAACAAGUUGAGCCAGCUGGCUGUCAACCUGUGGAACCUCAGCCACAAACACGGAUACUGUGACACGCGCAUUUCUGUUCGGACUCUUGAGUGCAUGAAGCAUCAAGCUGCACAGGCCGACAUGGCUCACUUGUCAGAUACGGUCCAGAGACUUACAUUGCAGUCUCGCACCUGAACACCAGCAUCAUGUACGGUAUUUGUAAAAAGAAAGCCCACUGCUACUGUCGAGUGUGUGUAUCAUCAUGCAAAGCACAAAAGAAACACAAAGCUUGUGGAGGAAUGUUGUGCAUCACUUAAUAUUUGGUUAGUUUGACUGAAAGUAGUCAGUCAUACUUCUAUUAAUAUCAUGAAAUGCAAUUUAUAUUCAUGAAAUACCUUUCAUACUGUAUUUAUACAUCAUUUAAAAACUAAUCUUUACUGUAAGUAUGGUAUACCGUUGCCAAAUUCCAUAAACUACAUGGUACAAUAAAGAAAUACAGGACAAGAUUUGUUUCACGCCAGUCUCCAUCCUCUCAGUUGUAGUUUAUUGACUCAGUUAGUGUAUCAUUGAAAACAGCAACUCUGCUCCUCUUGGUCUUGGUCUACAUUUGGUUGCACGCCUUUUGCUUUAUACUGCCCCCCCCCCAACCAACAACUCAAAAGUCUUUGUUGCCUAAUUUUUUAUUUAUUUUUUGGCCUGUGAUAAUAGAUUACUGUAUGAGAGCGACCCCGAAUGAAGCCGUACUUAAAAUUGGGGAAACCAGAUGGGAAAACAAUAUCAGGGAAUUUGAAUGCUGGAAUAUUCUGACCGACUACAUUUCAAAUGAUAAUGGAAGACUCAAUCUUAAAUGUGACUGAUCAAAUGUUGCUGACAAGGCCAAACACAAUAACUAAAGGUUGGGAAUAUCCUGACUGAAAUGGAUGAUGGAGGUGGAUGAGUGACCACCUCCAAGAGGAACUGUUUAACAUUACAUACAUGAGCAUUUCCAUCCACCCCCCCCCAAAGUCCUAACAUUUGUUCACAACCACGCUAAAUUCAUCUUGGAGAUGGUAACAAAUGAGACAGGAGGUGCAAGAUGAUAACGCUGAGAUUGACCGUAAGCUUUACUACAGAUGAGAAACUGAGAGGUGGUGGUGACAACUUUAAAUGACUACUAAGACAUAUUUAAGGGAUGGUGCGGUGCGGUGCGGCGACACGGUGACAACAGCAGUGAUUGAGCUAUCUGGCAAGGGAGUGAAUAUUGUAGUGUGUCCCCAUGGUGACUCUGUAAUAAACAACACUGUCCAGGAGACAACUUCAUAUCUACAAUACUGUUCUGUCCAACAAGUUGUAAAAGACUCUGACCAGGGAGUCUAACAAAAGUAAUUCAAAUAAUAUCUUUACUGCUGUUCAGUCCAAGUAGCCGGAUACCCGGAGUGGGUUUGGACUGGAUGAAUGAAAUUAUAGGGGGGGGGGAUCAUGUGUGCAACACAACUCCGAAAACGUGUACCGGUCGUCCCCUUUUUUUGUGUGUUUGUGUGUCAUGUGUGAAGUGUGUUCUUUUGCUCUUUUGCAUCCGUGGCUAGAGGCUCAAUCCAGUUCGAUGGGGCUGCUGUCCUCCUGGGCUUCCUCCACACCGUCGUCAUCCUCGCCCGCUCCCAUCAGGCUGUUCAGCAAGUUUCCUGCAGGAUGCGACGUCGGCUUUGUAAGCCAUUUUUUUUAAGCUUUGAAAGAAAACAAGCUAUUGAUUCACUCACCUAGCAGACCACCAUAUGAUGGAGACUGUUUGGGGGGAACACCAAAGAAAAGUUGUCCUAUUCUGUCAAGAUACUGAAAAAAAAACAUAAAUGAAUUAUUAAGACAAUGGCUGUCUCAAAUGGAACACUACACUACACAGUACACUAUAGAGAUGUUUCCCUACAUCACAUACCGCUCCCUCGUUCUAUAGCGGUUUUCCAAAAAUUGCCCACUAGGUGACUGUGUUCGGUUAAACAAGGGCCAAACGUGAUCGGCAGAAAAGACAUUGGCCCAAUAACAACAACAUAAUGAUCGCAAUCAUAGCAUGAGCUACUGUUUAGGCCGCAACCCACGGCAAGCUAAGACUCAACUCUCAACUUACGAUAUCACUUCCUAUCCUCUACACAUCUGUGUGCCCGCUACUAAGUUCUGCUAGGCAACUCAUUUACUGUGACACACACAAACAGGACUUGUAUUUAUACAUGCUAAAUGACUUAUUAUGUCUACUUUGUUGGGUAAUGUGAAUAUAAGGCCAUUUAAAGCCAUCAUUACAGUACGCUGAUGAGACAAUAGCAACUGCAGGAAGAAACAAAUAUAUGAACUGCUAACAUAUGAGUCUUAUUUAUGUCUAAUACGUCUUGCUGGAGCGGCUGUGUGUGUGUGUGCAACUCUGCAAGCACUCACCUCAUUAUACAUGGGGUCUCUUUUCAGGGAAGGUUGAUAUUGCUCACAUAAGACUGUGAAAACUGUUAAUUUACCCCUGAAAAGGCAACAAGCAAAAACAGUCACCAUGAAAAUGUACUCCUCAUUAGGUACAAGAUAUGACCUUUACAAGGAUAAUAACGCUCAGACAUGUUUUAUGUGUAUUUUAAGAACAUUCUUACCCAUCCACUGCCAGCAGCAGAAACCAGAUAAAGUUAAGCAGAGGCUGGACAAACGGAGGUCCUUGCUCUAUGGACGGGUGUUUCUCUGUGUAUGUGCUGAACACCACGGAAGCGCUGUUUUUGUUCUUUAGGCAGAGAAACCUGUUGGAGUAAAAAAAAAAAAGAGUCAAAAAUGGCUCCAUAUGGUCACACGGAUGCAAAUGGACUCACUGUAGGACUGCUUGGGCCACAAACAUGUCGACCUCACUGCGGAAGCCUCGGGAUGACGAAUACUCCACUAGCAUCUGCGCACAGCCUUCCCCGUCAGACGAAUGCAGGAAGUGGUAACGAGAUUCACUGUAGUUUUGCUCUAGAAAACAAAUACAACUUCAUUUUCUACAUUUCAACCGACUACAUAUGGAUAUCUGUUCCUGCUUGGUUAAGAGAUAAUACACACUGAAGUGAUUUAUGUGACGUACCUUUCCACAAGGUGACAGCCAGCAGCUGGUGUAACUUUGGGUGGCCCAACUUUCCAGAGCCUCCCGUGGACCAUUUCAAGGCUCUGGACACAAACGCUACUCUUUCUGGAGAGUUCUGAUCCAUCAGGCUAAACAGCUUUGCCAGGUUUUCUGCUCGGCAAAUACACAACCAUUUGUAUUAGUUUGUAAGAUUACCCCCAUAAAAA